AUGGACUUGCUCGACUUCCCGCCUGAGAUCUUCAGGCACAUCAUCAACUGCCUGGUCAGUGAUUUUGGUAUCCUAUGUGCUUGGAAACUGCGAAGCGUAUGCCGUAAGACUCUCAUUCCCGUGGUCGCGCAAAUGCUCAGGGCUGAUAAUUUCAUAGGAACCUUUGAUCAGGAGAUCAGCGCAAACAUUCUAGCCGUACAACCUAGACAGGCGUUUCGCGGCUACUAUGCCUUGUCCCUACUCACCCGCAAAGACAACAUGAAGCACUACCUCGCAUAUCACGUCAAGAGUCCACGCGAUGUCUUACCGGAGCUUCCCGCCAAGAUACAGAAAAUGGUGGAGUAUGUCACCAAGGAGCUCACCGCAACAGACAAUCUCGACGGCCGUAACAUUCUCCUGGAGGUUUGUGCAGGCGUUGCGCAGACAUGUCCGUUUCUUACUACCUUUCUCUGGCUGAAUGACUCAACCUCGCUCGUGAGCGAGAAAAGAUACAAGAAACUGCGCCAACCGCUGAGCAAGGAUAUCACCUAUCAUGACCAGCUCAUCGCGGCGAUAAGUGUAGGUGCUUACGACGUAGUCGCAAGACUACUACGCCAAGCUCCUACCUCACUCUCGCGGGAUGUGUUUGAAGAGCCAAUGCUAGCUGCUGUUCUACAAGAUGAUCACAAGAUGAUCACUCUAAUGAUGACAGUCCUGGACGAACAAAAGUCCAAGAGGUUCAAAAGGAGUCAGGUAAUGAAUGUCGGUUCUCCAUACAGUAUGCUUGGCUCCAUGCAACCAGCUAUCGUAGAUGACAACGUCGACAUGGUAAAGCUACUGCUUGGCUACCUUCGUCGCUACCUGACUCUUCCCGACAAAACCUAUUAUCGUCAGUGGAUUGAUCGUGCUAUUCUCUCACGAAGCAACAACGUCCUCAGAACUCUUCUCCAAGCCGCACCCGACACCAAGCCCUUCCAUAUCAACACUACUAUCUUCGAACGGGGCGUUAAGACCGGAGACUCAGCUAUCGUUACCACUCUCAUCAACUACGGAAGCAUUCAGCUAGACUCUAGUAGCGCCCAGAUGUCAGCCCUGGCGGCUUCCAUAAGAGCUGGUGUUGUUGCGGUAAUUCGCGCAGUCGUCGAAGCUGGUGCAGACAUUAAUUUGGUUAUAACAACCCAUCGUCUGAAGCAUUGCGAUGCCAUUACACCACUGGAGUAUGCUAUUUAUCUGAACCACUUCGACGCGGUGUACUACUUGAUCAAAUGCGGAGCCAGCGUUCCUGCUACCUAUACUUGGCACCUCUCAAAGAAGAUGCAAGCCGUCCUUCAGAAUGCGGCAGUCUCCCAGAAGCAAUCGACGAAGCAAAAGCAUUAA